CGUCGUUGAAAAGGAAAAGUGUAACUACAGGUCUCAACCCAGCCUGUCCUGCAUAGUUGUCACCCAUGAUGUGGGAACUCCGCUCUGUGGCCUUCACUCGAGCUGUCCUUGCUGAAUUCCUAGCCACGCUCCUCUUCAUCUUCUUCGGCCUGGGCUCAGCUCUGAACUGGUCUCCUUCCCCACCAAGCAUCCUCCAGAUCUCCUUUGCAUUUGGCUUGGCCAUUGGUACCUUGGUUCAAGCAGUGGGGCAUGUCAGUGGGGCCCAUAUUAACCCCGCAGUGACAGUAGCAUGCCUGGUGGGAUCCCAGGUCUCCCUCCUCAGGGCCAUCUUCUACAUGGUGGCACAGAUCCUAGGAGCUGUGACGGGGGCUGCCGUCCUGCAUCAAAUCACUCCACCUCAUAUCCGUGGGAGCUUGGCCGUCAACAGGGUGCAAAAUAACACAACAUCAGGGCAGGCUGUCACCAUGGAGCUUUUCCUCACCCUUCAAUUGGUUCUGUGCAUUUUUGCCUCCACUGAUGAUCGCAGGACCGGCAACCUGGGAUCCCCAGCUUUGUCCAUUGGUUUCUCCGUCGUCCUGGGUCACCUCCUUGGGAUCUACUACACUGGCUGUUCCAUGAAUCCUGCUAGAUCUUUUGCCCCUGCUGUGAUUGUUGGUGAAUUUGACGACCACUGGGUCUUCUGGCUGGGUCCCAUGGCUGGAGCAGUGGUGGCUUCCUUGCUCUACAAUUAUGCUCUCUUCCCUCAUGCAAAGACUCUCUCAGAGAGGCUAGCAAUCUUCAAAGGCUAUGAGCCAGAAGAGGACUGGGAAGAGCGUGAAGUUCGCAGAAGGCAAUCAAUGGAGCUGCACUCUCCCCAGACCUUGCCUCGGGGAGUGAUGGAAAAAGUCUAAACCAGCCCUGAGAACCAGUAAAAGGAGCAGGUUAUAGCUAACCAUGUUCUUCUGAGCCAAAUAUGCAACCGUAUAUGCUACAGAUACAGUGUGUGUAUCAAGCCCCUCCUGGGACGGUAUGGAUGUUCAUCUGUUGUGGACAUCCAAAUGUGUAUCCGUUUUCUCCUCAAAUUGUAAAAGAUGUACCUUUUGCUCCAAAGCAUGCUGUUAAAGAGCUUUAAGGCAGUUGAUCUAUAUCAACAGGAGCACAUAGCACCAAGGUGUACAUGCUGAUGAAAGAGUCAAGUGAAGUUUAUUUUUCUUCCCUGGUCCAAAUUACCUAAAUUUCUCAUGAGUUCUCCAGAAUUCUGCAUGAAGAAUUCUGCUGGAAACUAUCUCUGUAUCUAUCUCUCUAUCUCUAUCUCUCUAUCUCUCUAUCAUUAUCUCUCUCUCUCUCUCUCUCUCUCUUUAUCUAUCAUCUAUCUCGUUGGGGUAUGUAGUCCCCUCCAGGCACUAGCAAUUGCAGUUUCUGGAGAUAAUAACGGCAUCCAGAAUGAUGGCCUGGAAAAUUCAGGAAACAGAAACAUUACACUCCUAAGUCUGUAUACUUGGAAACAGAUUGCACUUUCAUUAUAUACUUCAAAGUGCACAAGCUUACAUAGUAGCUCUAGGCUGCAAUCCUACACAUACUCCCUAGGGAGUGAAGCCCAUGGAAUAAAAUGAGAUUUCAGUAAGUAUGCCUAGGAUUGUACUGCCCAUCUCAUAGAUGUCAGCCUUAUAAUUUUACUCCUCAGCCAAUUUCUCACUGUGGGUCCCUUCUCUAUGGUUUUAUAUAUUAAAAUGCAGUGUAGUGCUUGUGCUGAAUUUUAGAUCAAACAAUUAUUGCAAUAUAAGAUCAAAUCUACUUGCUGCAGCCACAUUCACUUUUUUUAAUCAAAGUGUUUGUAACAAACCUCCUGUGCAUCAUUAUGUUGAGUUUUUUCUCCAGGCUUUCUUAAAUUACACCUUCAUUAAAAUGUUCAGAUGGUGGGAGGAUAUCUUUUUGCAAAAUCAAAAUGAACAAAACAAGCCCUGACUAGAUUUGGCCUUGGCCACCUUUCCCAACUGCAAUUUUCUUUACAAAGCAACUUGGGAGUUCAUCGUAAAUGGUUUGAUUAUUAUGCAAGCUUCUUUUUUUCAUUGUUGUACAUGUUGCCAUUCAUUUUACAAAGCUUAAAGCAUGUUGCCUUAGAUCAUUUUUCCAAACAAUGUCUGAAUAGCAUUCUUUAAGGACAUUCGAUCUUAAAAAAUUGAAGCACUUUUCACACUUGAUUUUUAUUAUUGUUGUUGUUGUUGUUAUUGUUAUUAUUAUUUGCAUCAUGUGUUUGGCAUAACAUGUCUUCGAUUCUGCGGGUUGAUAUGCACUCAGCCUUAUUGAACUGCCUAAUACAAAUGCCUCAUACCUAAUGUCUUCUGGAUGUGGGGUAAGUAGUGGAGGGAUGAAUCAGAAGCUGUGCAAUAAAACUGAUGCUAUAAAGCAUUACAUUGGGGAAAAAAAGUGGGUGAUUAAUUUCAGGUGCUUCUAUAUGAGCCCUUUUCUCUGGCAUGGACAGUUUUUUCUCACUAAUUAAUUCCU